CUAGAGGUACGGGACCGGAAAUGGGCAAGGAUUAUUACCAAGUUUUGGCAGGUACCGCAGACCGUUCAAUUCAUACCGUACAGUCUUAUUCUAGCCUAGGGAAGUCAUUAUGCGAAAGGACACAGUUCCAGUAGGACGACUUUGAUGGUCGGACCGUAAACGUUUUGGCGACGGCAUGUUAAUUUUCGGAUACUAUGGAUUUGGAUACAGAUAUUGAAUCUCUUUCACGUGGCGGAUUUCUCUGCCGUUUGUGCGAUGUCCGAGUUGCUAAUCAACCCAGCUUGGAGUAUCACAUAAAGGGAAAGAAACACCAAAAACUGAAAAGUGUCCGAGCAGAACGGAAGGCUCAAGAGGAAAAGAGUGUGUUUGUUGUUGGCUUUAAGAAAGGAACUUCGGAACAAGAAAUUACUGAGCAUUUCCAGAGCUUUGGCCAAGUGGCCAAUGUUAUCAUGGACAAAGACAAGGGUUUGUAUGCUAUUGUGGAGCUGGAAAGUAUUGAGACUCGAAAGAAAGUACUGUCUGAACAGCACUGUAUUAAUGGACAAAAGUUGCGAGUGAAACCGCGAGAACAGAAAGAAUUCAGGUACAUUCCAAAGAAAAACCAAGGCACUCCAAAAGGCCAGAUGUUAAAUCAGUUGGAACUGUCCCAAGCACUCUGCAAGGCUAAUGAUGUGGAUGAACAGAUGUUCCAUCUUGUUCACUUAUUUGAAUUUUCUGAAAGUGAGCAGAAAUUGAGGGAACUUCUGAUUACUUUCUUGCAAGAAGUCUUCUCAGAAUUUUUCCCUGGCUGUAAAGUUGUCCCAUUUGGCUCCACUGUGAAUGGCUUUGAUAUUCAUGGCUGUGAUUUGGAUUUGUUUCUUGACCUAGAAAAAACAAAGACCUUCCAAGCUCAAGAAAAAGCUCUUUCAGAAGAGGUAAGCUUCAUACUUUGUCAAACUACUCUUAAAAAAAAAAAAAAAAAAAAAAAAGACUCAGACCCAGCAGUUAUUUCUCCUAUGACGUUUACUGUGAACAAGUUCCUUAUCACCCCUAAUCCAAUUCCUGAGGAUAAAGAAUGUAAGCUGCUGGAAAGACUGAUUGUAGCAAAUGAUUUAAAAAAAGAAAUUGUGCUUUUCAGGUUGGCAGUCUGCAACACUCGAUUCCUCCAGCUAUGCACAUCUCUAGAUAUGAGAAUGAGGCCACUGGUGUAUGUCAUACGGCACUGGGCAAAACAAAAUCAUCUUGCUGGAAAUCCUUUUGGAGGUGGUCCAUUGCUAAACAACUAUGCAUUAACCUUGCUUGUAGUAUUCUUUCUUCAGAACAGACGUUAUCCAAUACUUCCUACAGUCAGUCACUUAAAGGAACUUGCAAGUAAGUUUUCCUUAUUUUUUUUCUGCUUUAUGAUGUAAGGCUGUUGCAGUGUG